AGAAAUCCUAUCCUAUCAUACAGUUACAUAAUAUUCCUAUUAAAUGUCUGUGUGCUAUCAUUCCAAUGGAAAUGAAUCCUUAAGUGAAUAUACAUUUGUAACAGGAAAUAUCACAACUGAGAAUAUGGUUAUAACUAAAGACCGAUCAAUGUGGGAAUCAAUAUAUAAAAGCUAUUGUUUAUCAUUGCUUUGCUAAACCAUUAAAUCUGCAUUAGUUGGGCGCUGCUGCAUGGCUGCCAAUUAAUUGUUUAGUAAGAAUUGCUGAUUAAAUUCACUCACUUAUUAAACUUGAAAUAUUAAUGACGAAAUGGAGCUUUGGCAAUUGUUUUCUUUUGAAACUCUCUAAAUGAUGAACUCAGAAUCCAUGCUGAAAUCCCAUUGGCAGGGACAUGAACGUUAGCACUAAAGGUACAUUGGAAACACGGACUGCGUAGUCAUUGUGAUGUUAUCAGAUUUAUUUCUUAUUCUCUCCGAGUUAAGAAAUUGGCCUCUCUACUGGCAUAAAGUGAAGACAUCGCUCUCUUUAUAGAAAAGUUCUGAAUAAGGAAACCGAAGUGAAUUGCUGAGUCUCUUGGAAUUGAUCCGAAUAUUUAAUAAGGAAGUAAUGUAGUUGUAACUAUCAGAGUGGAAAGGAAUCAGGAAUUUAAGCGUUACCUUCCAUGUAAAAUGUGAAAUCUGCUUGGAAUACAGAAAUGGAUAUUUGUGCUACCGGUUUUUCUGAACAGUUUCUUGCUACAAUGUAAAUGUUUCGGGGAAUGUUUCGUUUUAUUUCUGUGAGCAUUAAGAGAACUUUUUUGAGCGAUGUUUGUUUGUGGCAGCAUAAGUGUUUGGAUAUCUGAGAAUAUUGAUCGCAAAGAUAGGAUGACUGUGAUGAUCUAAAAGGAUAUUACUUUCCAGUUUUAGACACAAGUGUAUCUGCCCAGCGUUCUGAUGGGAUGUGCAAGUUCCAGUCCAAAGAAGUGGACACCAUCCGAGCAGCCAAAUCUUACAAACCUCGAUAUGGGGGAAAACUUCUUGAACCCUGUGGGGGCCUCUUUCCCCUCUCUAGGGUCCCCGCAGAGGAUAUCUGUCUCCUCCCAGGGAGGUAGAAACAAGGUACAGUUGAAGCCUGGCCACUCCCUGAUGGACUGGAUCCGGCUUGGCCGGAGUGGUAAAGACCUGACUGGAGUUGGUGGGCGCCGACUAGAUGUAACCCCAGAAGAGCUGGGUAAACACAACACAGAGAAGGACUGUUGGCUUGCCCUCAGAGGGAAGGUUUACAAUGUGACCUCGUACCUGGAGUUUCACCCUGGGGGAGUGGACGAGCUGAUGAGGGGGGCAGGCAAGGAUGCAACAGCAUUGUUUGAUGAGAUCCACAAAUGGGUGAAUGCAGAGUCCAUGUUGGAGAAAUGUCUGGUGGGAAGGUACAAAGUAGAAAAUCAGAUGUUGAAAAAUACCCUGCUCAGGAAAGGCUCAAAAACAUCAGAGAAUCUUCCAAAUGGUGGCUUUUUAGCUCCGGCAACUCCGCCAUUACAAACCCCUAGGUUUGACUGGUACCAGAGUGGUCAGACUGUGUCCGUGAUCGUGUACACCAAGUGUCCGGAGAUCAGCCAGGAUGAUAUCAUAGUGGACAUACAGGGCCGGACUCUCCUCGCUUCCAUGCAUAUAAAACAAUCAGUCUAUACUGCGCAUAUAGAACUAGAAAAAGAGGUUUCCUUGGAUUGUAAAAUGAACAUAUCUGGAGACAGUGGGAAGGUGGAGCUGGUUUUUGAGAAAACCCUGCAUGAUGUCCAGUGGUCCAGCAUUGGCAAACACCUCAAUCAUCACAACACCUAUGUCUCCUACAACCACUUUAACCCGGCGUACCGAGACUGUACAUUAGAGGCUGUGAAGUCAAUCACCCAUGACACACGACUGUACACCAUGUGUCUUCCCCCGGGGACCAGGAUGACUGUACCCGUAGGGCACCAUGUACAUCUAAAACACGAUGUGGAGGGUGUGGAAGUUGUGCGGAGCUACACAGUGGUACUGCCCUCAUUACAGCCUGGCUGUCAGGACCUACGGUUGGAACAGGGACAGGCUCUCUACCUCAUGGUCAAGGUCUACCCACAGGGGGUGCUCACGCCCUGGCUCGGGACUCUCAAGCCAGGUGAGCGAAUACCCAUAAGCAGUCAUCAAGGGACAUUCAAGUCAUCGCAACUCCAAGAGUGUUCCCAUCUCGUCAUGUUUGCGGCUGGGACUGGCUUCACCCCCAUGGUGCGGCUUAUAUAUCACACCCUUGUGGAAAAUACACAGUCCAAAUGUUGUGUGAAGUUGUUGUUUUUCAACAAGAAAGAGGAAGACAUUUUAUGGAAUGACCAGCUGUGUGCCUUAGCUGAAUGCAAUGACAGGUUUACUUUCACAAACUGUCUUUCGGAGGCUGAUGAUAGCUGGACAGGCCUGCGUGGUCGAAUAACAAAAAAGAUGGUUGAACAAUAUCUCCCUCCCCUCUCCGACAACGACCACCCCCUCAUCUGUGUCUGCGGACCUACACCCUUCACCAACACUGUGAUAACAUUUGCACAAGAACUCGGCCACAAGGAACAUACACAUGCUUUCCAGGGAUAACAGCUGGCUAAAUUACAGAUUUUACUCUUAAUUAGAAAGUGUAGACAUUCAUGUCUUAGCAUUUAGUGCCAACUAUUUUGAUUUAUCUGUUUUUGCAAACAUAGAAAGCCAAAAUAUUUUGUGAUCACCUUGGCUUCAUUGUUGUUGGAUUGCAAAAACUUUGGCCAUAACUCGGAAGCUGUUCAAGUUAUUUCAAUGAAAUUAGCCGCACAUGUUGCCAGAGACAGUAUGUACAUGUGCAACAAGGCACAUAACUCUGGCUUACCGGUUUAUACUUCUUGAGUUAUGCCUUUUUAUCAACUGAAAAAUAAGAGAUGAGUGUUAGCAAUGGCAGGGUGGUGUCCUUGUGAUGAUGUAACUGGUCAUAGCACUGUAUGUGAUUGGAAAGAUAUAAGAGAACAUACUUUAGUACUUAAAGUUAAUAAUCAAUUUCUAAAUGCAAGUUGUUUAUAAGAGUAUCUCUUUGUUAGUUUCUUACUAGUCAAUACCAGUUGAUUUCUGAAUUUGAUGUGGUUUUCAAAUUGUUCUGGAAUUGCGUACACAUUAAUUGUAUGUUUUUAUUCUAUCAUGUUUAGAUAGUUAAAUCAGAAGUGGAUCUUAAAGUAAAUGUGGCAUAAGCAAACAAAAUGAGGUCAUAGUUUCUAAUUGUAACAGGAAAAAGAAACGUGUUUCCCAUCGUGUGUGAUGUGUGUUAUAUAUCUAUUUAUUUUUUAAAAAGAAAUUGCCCCCCCCCCCAAAAAAAAAAAAAAAUCAUUCAAAAUUUUUCAACAAGACCUAGGUCUGAUUAUCUAUCGCCUUGUCUUUCAUUACUUUUUUUUUUCAAAGAUAUUUUAAAAGGUAUCAUUGUAUGUUUGAGUUUACCUGUAUUACAAAGAAAAAGGCUCUAUUUCGCAAAUCACAUUUUGAAAUUUUGUUGAAAGAUGUCAUAAAUAAUAAAUAAAAAUGUUAUCAAUAAUUUUACCAGGAUGACAUAAUUUGGCAGUAAAAUAUAUAUUACAGUUAUUGAAUGAAUUCAUAUACAUAUUAAUUAGAAUGAAUUAAUUGGGACAUUCAUAAACAAAGAUUUGGUAGCAUUUUUGAAGUGUUAAACAUUGUAUAGUUUUUUAUGAAAAUAUUGUCAAUACUUGUCAAUAUGAGGAUAUAAGAAUGGAAUCCAGGUGAUGAUGAUUGAACAUUACGAUUCAUGGAGACAAUUGUAAGCGAACAACAUGGCAGCUAUGCAUUGGAAUGCUUAAACAAUACAUGUAACAUGCAAAGCAAUAAUUUAGUCAAAAGUGCAUUUCUGUGAAAUACUUUUACUAACUAGUUGUUUCUUGUAUGAAAAUGGGCAUUAGGAUGUUGAAACUAAUUAAGCAUUGUUUAUUUCAAGAAGUAAAACAUGUGCUAAAAUAUGUUUUAUUAUUUUAUUGUCUUUUAUCUAAGAGGCAUUUCUUGUAUAUUGCAUAAUUUUUCGUAUUUUAUGAGUGCACCUCUCGUGUUAGUUCAAUCCAAGUGUAUCAUAUACUGAGAUAUCGCAUUUCAUUUUACUUUUAUUUCAUGAUUUUUAUGAAUCUGUCUUAAGUGUAAAAAAAUUCAAACAAUAAAAUCCAAACAUAUUCAAAGUCCCAGAAAAGUCUGAUAAAUGUUUUUUCUCCCACCUCAGAUAAGUAGAUCCAUUAAUUUAACCGUGCUAAAAAUUCUUAUCUUGCCCACGGGCGAAGGUAAAAUGCCCGUAUGGAACUUCUUUUAAUGGUCACCACAUUGUAAUUACCUCCCUUGUUGAAGACUGUCGUCUGUAGGGCAUCAUGGAAAUCUUGUCUUGUGGCAAUAUUUAGAACACUAGUUAAUAUUUUCUCGCUUCAAAUGUCUCCAGAAAACAGUUUUCACGCACCUUUCAAGAAAUAAUGCUUCACUCUUCUUAGAACUAUUUAAAGACCGAUCAGACCAUUUACAUACUCUGAAUCACUGCGCAAAUAUCCAUGACAACCACGAAUUAUCGCAUAUGUGUACGCAAUUUUUUUCACUAAGCACGAAAGAGUUUCAGCAAAAAAAUACAUUUUUACUUAUUUUUGUUUAACUGAGGUGGGAGAAAAAGCAUCUACCAUAGCCGCUCGUGAAAGAUAGGUUCAUCCUGACCCUCGCGUAGGGUAUUUUGCGGAAACUCGGUAAACCUAGUUUCAGCAAAACACCCUACGAUCGGGUCGGAAUGAACCUAUCUUACACUCUUGGCCAUGGAAGAUACUUAUAAUGACCUUUGUUUUAAUUUCAAAUAAUUCCCAUCAGUGUAUUUAUUGUUCUAGUUUGUUUGAUAUUUUAGCAUGAAUGUAUGAAAUAAUUUCGUAAUAAAACGAUUUGGACAACUG